AUGUCUUCACUGAAAAAGGCGCUCACUUCGCUCAAGCCACGGUCCGCGUCCAACUCCAAUGCAAACAGCGAUACAGAGAGCCACAAGGAUAGGGAGAAGGACAAGGAGAGCACAACCAGCACCGAAAAGCCCCCCCGCGCCAGCACCGGUCUGUCCUCACUGAUCGGAAGGCAUUCGACGGACAGGCAUUCGACGGAUUCCAACCGUCGCUCGCUGGAUGUUGGCUCGCCCUCGCGGCCCUCCAAGGACCACCCACGCAUUUCCCAAAGUCCGCUCGGCUUCCUACGCCGCAAGGUACGUGGUGGAUCCGAUGACUCGCACUCAUCCACCGAGGACCUGCCCCUCAAUCGCGAUGGCGAUCCCAUGAGCCGCAACCAGCAGCGCAAGCACGACCGUCAAGCCGAAAAGGAGCGCCAUCGGCAGGAUGCGGAAGCUCGCUUGGAGGCCGACCGCAAGCGCAAGGAGGAGAUGGAACGCCGGGCGGCCGAAGAGGAGACCGAGGAGCAGCGUUCCAAGUAUGGUGUGUUGCCCAUCAACUACUAUGCGGGCCAGCAGAAGCAUGAGGAUCGCGUCGACAUUCGCACUCUGAAGCCGGAGCAGGUUGGCCAGAUGGUGUGCUUCCGAGCCCGUCUGCACAACCUGCGGAAGCUCAGUGCACAUCUCAUGUUCAUCGAGCUGAGGCAGCAGACAGCCACCAUCCAAGGUAUUCUCCACGAGCAUGGCAGUGUCUCCCAGCACUUUGUCUACUGGGCAGAGCAUCUCCAUGUGGAGUCGGUGGUUGUCAUAAAGGGCGUUAUACAGGAACCCAAGUCGAAGCAGGGCGAGAUUAUCGGAGUGUCUAUCCACAACUUGGAGAUUCACAUACACGAGAUGCACGUCGAGGCUCAGCCCAACGAGCCAUUGGCGUUCACCGUGCACGAAGCCGAGGUGACAAAGGCUGAGACUGAGGUCGAGGGUGAUGGUCGGCACCGCGUCUCCGACAGAGCCCGACAGCACAACCGCAUUAUUGAUCUGCGGACCACUGCCUCGCAGGGAAUCUUCCGCAUUCAGUCUGGCGUAUGCCAGGCAUUCCGCUCCCAUUUGCAUUCGAAGGGAUUCAUCGAGAUCCACACUCCAAAACUGCAAGGAGCCGCCUCUGAAUCUGGAGCCAGUGUCUUCAAGGUCGACUACUUCGGUCGCCCUGCUUUCCUCGCCCAGUCACCACAAUUGGGCAAACAGAUGUGCAUAGCUGCAGACUUCCCUCGCGUAUUCGAGAUUGGCCCGGUAUUCCGAGCCGAGAACAGCAACACCCACAGACAUUUGACUGAAUUCACGGGUCUGGAUUUGGAAAUGGCGAUUGACGAGCAUUAUCACGAAGUGCUUCGGGUCCUUGACAGCACAUUCAAGGCCAUCUUUACGCAUGUGUACGAGAACUAUAAGGACGAGAUCGAGGUGGUCAAGCGGCAGUUUCCUCACGAAGAUCUGGUCUGGCUGGAGGAGACCCCAAUCAUUCCGUUUGCUGAGGGAAUUCGAAUGCUGAAUGAGUCCGGCUAUCGGGACGAGCAAGGGAAAGAACUACCCGAAGAUGAGGAUAUGGGAACUCGCGACGAAAUCGCUCUUGGUGCAGUCAUCAAGGAGAAGUACAAGACCGACUACUACGUGCUUGACAAGUUCCCUGCAUCUGCACGACCCUUUUACGCAAUGCCCGAUCCCAACAACCCGAACCUCACGAAUUCGUUCGAUAUCUUCUUACGUGGGCAGGAGAUUCUGUCGGGUGGCCAGCGUAUCCACGACGCUGCCAUGCUCGAGGCAAAGAUGGAGAAGCUGAAAAUGAACCCUAAAGAUCUUGAAGACUACAUGACCGGCUUUGAAUGGGGUGCUCCUCCCCAUGGAGGCGGUGGUAUCGGCAUGGAGCGGAUUCUCAUGCUUCUGCUGAAGCUUGGCGACAUUCGGAAUGCCACGCUCUUUGCGCGUGACCCAAAAUCGCUGCCAUACAGGCCACCUGUGAAGCAGCUGCGACACCCAGAGGCGAGCACCAUGCACCCACCCUGGGCGGGACAGGACCGCGUCGCUGCGCAUAUGGACUAUCAGCCACUCGAGCAACUCAUCGCAAACUACGGCGAUGCGUCCAACACCUCGUGGUUGGAGCCCAAAUUCGAAAUCUGGCGCGACCCUAACACUGGCGCAGCUAUUGGUUUCGUACCGCACGAAGGUUUCGCCAUCACGAUUGGCGAUCCUCUCUGUCACAUAAGCCAGUACACCAAGACCAUGGGCGGCUACCUACGUUACAUCAAGAAAGAGCGAAAGCUUAAGCCCUUGUGGUUGCUAUGUGGGUCCGCAGCAGAGGAGGUGCUUGCCAACAAGUUCGACUGGCGGACAUUAUCCGUUGCUGCAGAACAGCGUCUGGAUCCGUCAAACAACCCCGCUGCUCGCGACUCAGAGAUCCAGCGAAAGGUUCGCCAUGCGGAGAAGGAGGGAGUCAAGGCUCACGACAUUCCACUCGGACACAAGAUCCCCGACGAUAUCAAGGAGAAGGUCGACAGGCGGAUUGAGGAUUGGCUGCAGAACCGGAAGGGAAAGCAGGUCCACUUAACAGACGUUCACCCUUGGCAAGACACUGCACACAGGCAGUAUCACUACACAACCAGCAAGGAUGGCCAAAUCUGCGGUCUUGUUAUUCUGGCACAGCUCUCACCAGAGCACGGAUGGCAAGUCAAGUUUGCGCUUGACUUUCCAGGUGCGCCGUCGGGCUCCAUCGAGUUGCUCGUACUUCAUUCGUUGAAGGCGGCCGCUGCGACUGGCGCCACGUCAGUCACAUUCGGUGGUGGUGCUUCUUCUAGGCUCACCCCAGGCCACAACCUGAAGGGUGCCAGAGUYAAGGUGUUGGCCAAAGCGUACCAUGCCAUUGCCACCGAGCUCAAGUUGACGAACAAGAGCGAGUUCAGGGAGAAGUUGGGCGCUCAGGAUGAUCCGAUUUUUGUAUGUUACCCCCCUCGCGGUCUUGGACCAGGCGGCGUCCGCGCCAUUCUGAGCUUUUUCGAGGACGACGAUGACGACAAAAAUAAGGUCUAG